AUGCUGUCGAUGUAUGCGCGUUCCCUCUCGCGAGCCUCAGCGCGAAGCGCUAGAUCGCCGCCGCUCCUAGCCCUGGCAGCUCGCACCGCGCGGUCCGUGCCGGCCGUGGCGGCGCAGCGCCGGCUGCUCUGCGACGCCAGCGGCGGGCCCAGCUCAGGCGUCGUGACAGCUCUGGACAUCCUGCGGUCCGUGUCGGGCGCUCGCUACACGAUGGACGACCCGCUGCGCGCGUCCAUCGGCGAGGGCGAGCCCAUUUCUGCGGCCAUUCACCGCAUGGUGAGACCGUGGAUCUCUCUGGCGCGAGAUGCGGCCGAGAUGGAACCGACCGCUCCGCGUGCCACCAGGCACGGCGACAAGAGCCGGCCCGGCGCGACGCCGGAGGGGUGGAACGUUCCCGUCUCUUCGGUGAUGACGCCGGCGAAGGACCUCGUCUACCUCUCCCCGAGCGACACGCUCGACGAAGUUCGCUCGCUGAUGGCGCUCUCUGGCCGGCGGCACAUUCCGGUGCUCGCCGGCUCGACGCUGCUCGGCAUCCUCAACCCGAAGGACAUUGCAAAGUACAUUCACCUGCAGCGAAAUGCGAGCACCUCGGCCAAGUCCGACUUUGUGCAGACCGUGAUGCCGCGCAAGGGCGUCCCGAUCGGCACCAAGCUGACGCGCGGCAGCGGGCUCGCGGGCCGAGGCGGCGCUGCUGCAGGAACCUUCUUGGAACCUUCUUGGAACCGUCCUGUAGGCAGCGGGCUCGCGGCCGAGGCGGCGCUGCAGCUCUACUCGGCGGUCGCGCUGCUGCCCCACCCGGCCAAGACAGAGAGCGGUGGCGAGGACGCUUUCCUCCUCGGGCCGCACAUGAUUGGAGUCGCCGACUCUACAGGAAGGCCGCACAUGAUUGGGGUCGCCGACGGGGUCGGCUCCUGGUGGGAGGGCGGCAUCGACCCCGCCGCCUAUGCGCGCGGUCUGAUGUUUGCGUCGCGAAACUCGUGCACCAAGCUCAAGCGCGAAGAGGAGCUGGACCCAGCCAAGGUCCUCCUCGACGCGUGGCACAAGAUGCAACUCUCGCGCCUCAUCGGCUCCUCCACCGCCUGCCUCGUCUCACUCGACCCGCACAAGACAGAGCUCCGCGCGGCAAACAUCGGCGACUCUGGCUUCCUUCUGCUGCGCCGGCAGGCGCCCGACUCUGGGGACGCGCCGGACGACCGCUUCGAGACGCCGCAGGACAGUCGCUUGCGCGGGCCAGGGCACGACGCCUCCCUGGUGCGUGUGCCCGUGCGGCCGGGCGACAUCCUCGUGCUCGCGACCGACGGCCUCUUCGACAACGCGCGCGCCAAGGAGCUCUCCCUCGACAAGAGCGUCGACUCGCCCUUUGCGAUCCUCGCAAAGGAUAACGACAUCCUCUGGGGCGGAGGCCGGCCAGACGACAUCACGGUGCUCGUCUCGCAUAUCCUGGACCGCGCGGACGCGCGCGCGCCGCCGACGGAUUGGGCCGCCGUCUCUGGGCCGGGCGAGCCGCCGCCAGAGCUGCUGGAGGCUGAGGCGCUGCUGGCGGCGGAGAGGCUGGCGGCGGAGGCGCGGACGGCGAGCGGGCUCGGGGCGGAGAGGGGGGAGGAGGAGGAGGUGGAGAGGCUCGAGGAGGAGGCGCGCGUCGGAGCCUCGCGCUGA